CAUGUUAUGAUUUAAAUGUUUAUUGGUCUUAAAAAUAUAUGGUUCCUCGAGGAAUAAAUAAGUGAAAGACUAAUAAAAUAUAUAAAGUGGAGUCUCAAGUAGUUCUCAAGUUAGAAAUAUUCUUAGAGAUCUAACGAUAAUUUAAAAUAUUUUUAAGUUGGGAGCUCCGAGUAGCUUUUCAUGUUAGAAUUAUUUGUGGAUUUUGAAUUUAAAAGUUCAGAACGAGUACACUGUUAAAAUGCUCAUGCAGCUGUCACAAUCCCUUGCUGGCACUUUUAUGUUUCUGUCUGUGGAUGUAGAGUUUUUUUCUUUUUUCUUUUCUUAAAUGUGGAUUUUAGAGUUAAUAGACUAUGAAAGCACUUUUUUUUAUGAGAUUGUGGCAUCAAUGCUCAUUGAGAUUAUUAAGUUUCUGGAUCAGUGAAAUUCCUAGCAAACAUACACUAUGACUUGUAUAUUAUUUUUCACCUAUAAAUGCGUUCUCAGGUAUUCAAUCUGGUUGGAUAGCAAAUUAAGUCUACAAAUUGACCCUCUACUCGUUCUUGAAUAUUUCCUUUGGCGCAAAGGUUACGGGUAUGCUAUUUCUAAUCACUACGAUCGCCAUUGUGUAUGGGAAGAGGUCGCACAAAACAAGAGACUGAAUAAGUAUAAUCAUACUAUUAUAGAUCAGCAAUUUACUUUCUACCAGGCUGAUGGACUGAAAAAGUUUAAUGCUUCUGAUCCAAACAAGCUUCUUCCCAGCAAUGUACCUGAAGGGUCUCUAAUUGUGAGAGCGCAUACUCCAAUGUCAAAUCUGUUUUCCUGUCUUUGGUUCAAUGAGGUUGAACACUUUACUCCUCGUGACCAACUGAGUUUUGCGUAUACAUAUCAGAAACUAAGAAGAAUGAAUCCUGACAAACCAUUUCGUCUUCAUAUGUUCAAGGAUUGUGAGAGGAGAGCAGUUGCAAAGCUGUUUCAGCACAGGUCAGAGGAGAAGCGAAAUAGUCUCCGUCAACAAGCAGCAGAAUGAAAUGCGCCGAUUGUGUUUCAUGGGAAGCCUAUUCCUUUACAUCAUUCAUAGCCACUCCCAGAUAUAGUGCCUGAUGAUGGUAUAGAUCCUGCAAUGCCCCCAAGAUAUGUUACCGAAAUUAUGGUUGUUGACAAGGUACUCCGGAUUAUACAAUCUGAACUUGAAGGAAAUACAAGGGAUACAGGAGUUACUUGGCAGUUCUUUCAUUGGGGUGAGGUAAUAUUGCUGGAUCCCUCCAACUCCAAUUAAAUACAGCUGUGUGGAAAAGUAACUAGCGAUCUACUUAAAGCUUCUUCAUUGUACCAAUUCAAUUCACUAUUCUUUGUUCCAUUUUGAGGCUAGCCAGCCAUGCACCCAAAUGCCUUUUGUACCCUCCCAUAUUGUGGAUUCUAUUAUUAUAAUUUUUUUCAUUAAAUGUCAAA